AUGACUAUAGAAGAAAGACUUUACUCGAAAACAAAAAUAUCUAAAAAAUUUGGUAUUAUAAGAGCUUUAGAUGAAGAAGCCGAAAAAAUGGCAAAAGCUAGAGAAGAAACAUUAGCAAGGGAUUAAAAAAGAGAAGAAGAAUAAAAAAAGCAUAAGAAGAUACCAAUAUGGUGUGUAUUUUUUUUUUAAGUUUUUUAAUUUUUCUAAAAUAUAAGGAGUUCAACUGAUAGUGAUUUAAAUAAGUAAAUGAGUAGAAUAAAUAAUCUUUUAAAAGAAAAAAGAGAAACAAUAGCAGAAUUUGUUUAAAAAAAAAGAGAAAUAUAUUUGUCAAAUAUGAAUAUAAAUAAUAAAAAAGAAGAAACAAAUAAAUUAGAAGACUAUAUUAAGAACGAAAAAGAAUCAUUAAAAGCACGAAAAUAUUAUUUUGAAAACGACUGGACUAUGGUUAACAAAUUUAUAAAAGAAGUUGAAAAUGAAGCUAACGAAGCAUAAAAAGAAGCAGAAAAAUAAUAAAAAGAAAGAGAAAAAAACAAAGAAAAAAUCAAUUAAUUUAUUGCUGAAGUAGAAAGAUGUGAAUAAAAAAUUAGUAGAAAAUAAGAAGAAUAUUAAACUCUAUUAACUUAUAAAUAAUUUAUUGAUGGAAUAAUUGAAAAAUAUUAAGAAAUAUAUGUUAAUAGUAAUUAAUAACAAUAAGAAUAAUAUGAAGAGAAAAAAGAUAACAUUUAUUUGACAUAAAAUGAGAAUAAUUCAUGUAAUAAUAUUUAGUAAACUCCUUAAGUAAAGAAAAUACCUUUAAAUCCUUCUUAGUUAAAUGAUAUUUUAAAUCAUAUUUAAGAAAAAAAUUUAUAUUAUUGUCAAAAUAAUAAUGAAAAUGAAGAAGAUUAUGAAUAAAAAAAGCAUUAAAAUUAUAAUAAGAAGCUAAACUAUUAAAAAAUAAAAAAGAACAUAAGGAAAGAUUAAAUGAACUUGAAAAACAAAAAGAAAUAGAAUUAAGAAGAAAACAAUAUUUGGAAAAUUAGAAGAAAUCAAACAUAAGUAAGAUAUAGAUUUCAGAAGGAGAAGACCUUGAUAUGGAAAAAAUAAGCAAAAAAAUAUAUUAAAUUAUAAAAGCUUUAGAAGAAUAUGAUGCAAAGCCUAAUAAAAAUGAAAGAGAAUAAACAGGAGUUACUAAUGAUUUAUUUAAUGCUUUAUGUAGUCCUAAUAUAGAUUCAAAAGAAUUAAAAAAUAGAUGCAUUGAGAAAUAGAAAUUAUUACUUAAUAUUGAGAAAUAGAUAAAAAAAGAAAAAAGCAAUAAUAAAUAAAUAGAAGCUUAGAAGAAAAAACUUAAGAUUUAAAUUUAAGAAUAAAAGAAAGAGAAAUAAAUCUAAAAAAUAGAAGAAAAGGAAGAUAAAUUAUGAGCAGGUCUAUCAUUUAGAAAUAAUAAAAAAUUAAAAUUGA